AGACAGCAGCGUCCGACGCUCCGACCCAGUCUGGACUCCAGGUAAAGCGACACCUGCAACAGCAACACAACCGAGGCCAACAUGUCGGCCUGAACCUCCACACCAGAAAUGAAAGAACAGGCGUUGAACAGCAGGCACACUGACAUUGAAAGCGCUAGCACUAAGAGCAUGUUCGUGUCUCGGGCUCUGGAGAAAAUCCUGGCGGAUAAGGAGGUGAAGAGGAGCCAACACAGCCAGCUGCGCAAGGCCUGUCAGGUAGCACUGGAUGAAAUCAAACUUGAGCUGGAAAAUCAGAAGGAUGGUACAGUGGUUCCACCCAAAGCUAACUACAUUGAAGCUGACAAGUAUGUGCUGCCUUUUGAGCUGGCAUGUCAGUCCAAGUCUCCACGCAUCGUCAGUACGUCCUUGGACUGCUUACAGAAACUCAUUGCUUACGGGCACAUCACGGGAAACGCGCCGGACAGUGGCGCACCAGGGAAGAGGUUGAUUGAUCGGUUGGUAGAGACCAUCUGCAACUGUUUUCAAGGCCCGCAAACAGAUGAGGGUGUUCAGCUACAGAUAAUCAAGGCUCUUCUGACAGCAGUAACGUCUCCUCACAUAGAAAUUCAUGAGGGAACGAUUCUGCUCACUGUGCGCACCUGUUACAACAUCUACCUGGCCAGCCGUAACCUGAUCAACCAGACAACAGCCAAGGCCACCCUGACUCAGAUGCUCAACGUCAUCUUUACGCGCAUGGAGAACCAGGCGGCUCUUGAAGCCCAGGAGGCAGAAAAGGAAAGGCAGCGUCUUCAAGUCCCAAACCCUGUCAUAUCUUCUCGAAUACCCUCCCCUGUCCCCCGAAACCCUUCACCUACACCAGAUCGAGUGUGUCCAUCCACACAGUUAGAGCCAAAUGGCCCUACCUCUACAUCCCCAACUCCUUCAAAUACCUCAGUCAAUGGCCAGCCAGAGGGGCUAAAUACCAUUUCAGGUGCACUAGAACAUGGCACAAAGGAGAAUUCACAACCAGUGUUAAUGUUUUGUGUAUGUAAAGGUUCAGAGAUGCAAGAAUCAGGUUCUAGUGUUUCCGAACCACAAGGAGAGAGGGAUGGCGAGGGAGAGGAGGGCCGUUUGGAGACUGAGGCAGAACAAGCAUCAGAGGCUCAGGAGGAGGCAGAGCCUGACAGUGGUUUGGGAGAAAGUUCUGUGGAAGGAGGUCUGGAACAGCACUCAGACUCUGAGUCCAAAGUGAUCCCUAUUGCCCCGGCAGACACUCAGCAAAUGAACGGAGUUGUGGAUGACCAAGGUUCCAUGUCCUCCACAGAUAUCCUGGAAGCAGAUGGAAUGCAGAACGCACAGACGGCUGCCCGCUUCUCCCACAUUUUACAGAAAGACGCAUUUCUGGUCUUCCGGUCCCUCUGCAAGCUAUCCAUGAAGCCGCUAGCCGACGGCCCACCGGAUCCCAAGUCCCAUGAGCUGCGCUCUAAGGUGGUGUCUCUGCAGUUGCUGCUGUCAGUGCUUCAGGGCGCUGGCCCUGUAUUCCGCACCCAUGAGAUGUUCGUCAAUGCAAUUAAACAGUACCUGUGUGUGGCGCUGUCCAAGAAUGGCGUCUCCUCUGUACCUGAAGUGUUUGAGCUUUCUUUGGCCAUCUUCCUUACCCUGCUGUCCCAUUUUAAGGUUCAUUUGAAGAUGCAGAUUGAGGUGUUUUUCCGAGAGAUCUUUUUGACCAUUUUGGAAACAUCUUCCAGCUCUUUUGAACACAAAUGGAUGGUUAUCCAGACACUCACUCGCAUUUGUGCAGAUGCCCAGUGUGUGGUGGAUAUCUAUGUUAACUACGACUGUGAUCUAAAUGCAGCAAAUAUCUUUGAGCGGCUGGUUAAUGAUCUCUCAAAAAUUGCUCAAGGUCGGAGUGGGCAGGAGCUGGGAAUGACUCCACUGCAGGAGCUGAGCUUGCGGAAGAAAGGCCUGGAAUGCCUAGUGUCCAUCCUGAAAUGCAUGGUGGAGUGGAGCAAAGACCUGUACGUCAACCCCAACCUGCAGACCAACCUAGGUCAGGAGAAUCAAGCUGAAGGUGAGGGGAUGGAAGUGAAGCUCCCUGAGCACUUGUCUUCUCGCAGAGACAGCAUCAGCUCUCAGGACUCCACCAUGUCCUCCAGCGUUCAACCCUCCAACCCCGAGCAAUACGAGGUCAUUAAACAGCAAAAAGAAAUUAUUGAGCACGGCAUUGUGCUAUUUAAUAAAAAACCCAAGAGAGGAGUACAGUACCUGCAGGAUCAAGGCAUGCUGGGACCCACCGCUAUGGACAUCGCUCAGUUCUUGCACCAGGAGGAACGGCUCGACACAACUCAGGUUGGAGAAUUCCUGGGUGAGAACGCCAAGUUCAAUAAGGAGGUGAUGUACUGCUACGUGGACCAGCUGGACUUCUGCGGGAAGGACUUUGUGUCAGCGCUGCGCACCUUUCUGGAGGGCUUCAGGUUGCCUGGCGAGGCACAGAAAAUCGAUCGCCUUAUGGAGAAGUUUGCGGCUCGUUAUCUGGAGUGCAACCAGGGGCAGACUCUCUUUGCCAGUGCUGACACAGCCUACGUGCUGGCCUACUCAAUCAUCAUGCUGACCACUGAUCUGCACAGCCCACAGGUAAAAACCAAAAUGACAAAGGAGCAGUACAUCAAGAUGAACCGGGGCAUAAACGACAGUAAGGAUCUGCCUGAAGAGUACCUUUCAUCCAUUUAUGAUGAGAUAGCAGGGAAGAAAAUUGCUAUGAAGGAAACCAAAGAGUACUGCAUCACUCCCAAGUCCAGCAAACAGAGUGUAGCCAGUGAAAAACAGAGACGGCUGCUGUAUAAUGUGGAGAUGGAGCAGAUGGCCAAGACAGCAAAAGCUCUAAUGGAGGCUGUAAGCCAUGUUCAGGCACCCUUCUUCAGUGCCACCCAUCUGGAGCAUGUUCGACCCAUGUUUAAGCUGGCAUGGACACCUCUACUGGCAGCGUUCAGUGUGGGUCUGCAGGACUGUGAUGACCAGGAGGUGGCGUCUCUGUGUCUGGAGGGAAUUCGCUGUGCCAUCAGGAUUGCCUGUAUCUUCAGCAUGCAGUUGGAACGUGAUGCAUACAUCCAGGCCUUGGCCAGGUUUACUUUGCUCACAGCUAGCUCCAGCAUCACAGAGAUGAAGCAGAAGAAUAUCGACACCAUAAAGACCCUUAUUACUGUGGCACACACUGAUGGAAACUACUUGGGCAACUCCUGGCAUGAGAUUCUCAGAUGUAUUAGUCAGUUGGAAUUGGCUCAGCUGAUUGGCACAGGAGUGAAGACGCGUUAUAUCUCCGGAGUGGUCCGAGACCAGGGAGGUGGCAUAAAGGGCUUUCCUGCUGGGGGAGAGGAGUUCAUGCCGCUUGGUUUAGGCACUCUAGUUGGUGGUCCAGACAGGCGUCAGAUGGCUCAUAUUCAGGAGUCAGUAGGGGAAACCAGCUCUCAGAGUGUAGUUGUAGCUGUGGACAGAAUAUUCACUGGAUCUACCAGGCUUGAUGGAAAUGCAGUUGUGGACUUUGUGCGCUGGCUGUGCGCGGUGUCGAUGGAUGAACUGGCUUCUGCACACCAGCCACGCAUGUUCAGCCUACAGAAGAUAGUGGAGAUUUCCUACUAUAACAUGAACCGCAUCAGGCUGCAGUGGUCCCGCAUUUGGCAAGUUAUCGGAGACCACUUCAACAAGGUGGGCUGCAAUCCUAACGAGGAUGUGGCCAUCUUUGCCGUGGACUCUUUGAGGCAGCUGUCCAUGAAGUUCUUGGAGAUAGGAGAGCUGGCUAAUUUUCGCUUUCAGAAAGACUUUCUUAGACCGUUUGAGCACAUCAUGAAGAAGAACAGGUCUCCAACGAUCCGGGACAUGGUUAUCCGCUGUGUUGCUCAGAUGGUGAACUCACAGGCUGCAAACAUCCGCUCUGGCUGGAAAAACAUCUUCUCAGUUUUCCAUCAAGCAGCAUCAGACCAUGAUGAGACCAUAGUGGAGCUGGCCUUCCAGACCACAGGACACAUCGUCAUGAACACAUUCCAGCAGCAUUUUGCCGCAGCCAUCGACUCAUUCCAGGACGCCGUAAAGUGUUUGUCUGAGUUUGUGUGUAACGCUGCAUUCCCUGACACUAGUAUGGAAGCCAUCCGACUCAUACGCCACUGUGCUAAAUACGUGUCUGACAGACCACAGGUUCUGAGAGAGUACACUAGUGAUGACAUGAAUGUUGCUGCUGGUGAUCGGGCAUGGGUGCGAGGUUGGUUUCCCAUCCUGUUUGAGCUCUCCUGCAUUAUCAACCGCUGCAAGCUGGACAUUAGGACAAGAGGCCUGACGGUGAUGUUUGAGAUCAUGAAGAGUUAUGGACACACCUUUGAGAAGCACUGGUGGCACGACCUCUUCCGCAUCGUCUUUCGCAUCUUCGACAACAUGAAGCUUCCAGAGCAGCAGACCGAGAAAACUGAAUGGAUGACCACUACUUGUAACCAUGCGCUCUACGCUAUCUGUGACGUCUUCACACAGUUCUAUGAGCCGCUCAGUGAGGUGUUGCUAAGUGACAUUUUUGCUCAGCUGCAGUGGUGCGUCAAACAAGAUAACGAGCAGCUGGCGCGGUCAGGUACCAACUGUUUGGAAAACCUGGUGAUCCAGAACGGAGAGAAGUUCAGUGCAGAAGUGUGGGACAUCACAUGCACCUGUAUGCUUGAGAUCUUCCAGUCCACCAGCCCUCAUGCCUUGUUGACAUGGCGACCGGCUGGGCAGGAAGAAGAGGUGGGAGAUGGAAAACACGUGGAUGUGGAGAUGGACUCUCAGUCCCAGAGCAGCUUCGAAAGGACGCUGUCAGAGAGAGGACAGAGUCAGAUGUCUACGGCCAGCGAUGAAGCCUGGCGGGGAAAGCCCCAUGCACGGUUGUCAGACCAGAGGCUGUUUGCAGGGCUGCUCAUAAAGUGUGUGGUUCAACUGGAGCUCAUUCAGACCAUAGACAAUAUCGUCUUCUACCCAGCCACCAGCAAAAAGGAGGAUGCUGAGAACAUGGCUGCAGCUCUGAAAGACGCACUGGAGGAGAGUAAGGAAGGCGAGUCACAGGCAGAGUCAGAGCAGGGCAUGUACAGGCACCUCUCUCCUCAGCACCUCUUCAAACUGCUCGACUGCCUGCUUGAGUCACACACCUUUGCCAAGGACUUCAACUCCAAUAACGAGCAGAGGACAGCGCUCUGGAGGGCAGGAUUCAAGGGCAAAUCCAAACCCAACCUGCUGAAGCAGGAGACCAGCAGCUUGGCCUGCAGCCUGAGGAUACUAUUCCGUAUGUACUCGGACAAGCGGCUUCAGGGAUCAUGGUCCGACAUCCAGUCGCGCAUGCUUGUUGUGUGUAGCGAAUCCUUGGCCUACUUUAUUAGCUUGACCUCAGAGAGCCACCGGGAGGCCUGGACCAGCUUACUUCUGCUCUUACUUACCAGAACACUCAGACUUUCAGAUGAGAAGUUCAAACCUCACGCCUCAUGUUACUACCCCUACCUGUGCGAGAUGAUGCAGUUUGACCUCAUCCCUGAACUGCGGGCCGUCCUACGUCGCUUCUUCCUGCGCAUCGGCUCAGUCUUCCACAUCGCCGCCCCUGACCUGGCACACACACGCUCCCCAACCUCGUAACGCGCGGCAGGGUCUGCGUCUGAAAUACGCCGUGAGCGAUGGAGGCAGGAAAACUCAAGUGUUUGCACUCGUGUGGCGUGAAGGAACAUUCAGGACCCGUCGGAGCCGUUGCUGAGACUUCUUACUCUAGGUUCUGUUUGUCCUGAGCUGCAAUCAAUGCCAGAAUCUCAUGAACUUUCACCCUGCGAUAUACCAUCAGGACAGAACAUCACUCACUGGGAGCCAGCAGAGCUUUUCCUCUACGCUGAAUUUCUGAUAAUGAGGUUCAUUCAAAUCAUAUCCUUUUUUUCUAUAAAAGGUGGGGGACAGUAUGAUAAUUAUAAUUAUUUAUUGACACAUGGUUGUGUAUUCUGUUUCUGAUUGUUAGUUGAUUUGUCUUUUGGGUUAUUUUUUUGUUGUCUUAUCUGUAGAAAUAUACUGUAUUGUCCUCAUUUUAAUAAGUGAAGAAACAGUGAUAUCCAACUGAAUACUGCUAAAGGAGCAUUCAAAAAAAUGAAAUAUCCUAUUAUACCUAGAUUAUACACAAGGCAUUUGUGUUGAUAGUGAGUCAUUGAAAUUUAAUAAAACCUCUAUCAGGAAUUAUGGCAAAGAACCUUAAAACUUCAGGUUUUGGUGCUGCUGUAGCUAUUUAAUAACUCUGUUCGUCCAUGCAAGCCAUGUGUUUGUAACCCUCUGGGUUAAAGAUCUCAGUCUGCUUCACAAAUAAUCAGAACGUUGGCCAAUAAACAUAAACCCAUAUUUCCAUCGACUACACCUAUGCACAUCUUCAAAACAUGACUAAAUAACAAUAAGAAGAAACAAUUACCCAAAGUGCAUGGCUGCUGUUAAACCUUAUGCCAUUGUGUCCUCCAAGCUGGUCACUUUAGUUGAGUAUUGUGUGCUUUGUGCUUGGUCGGUUACUCCAGAAACUUAUUGAAGUGGGUAGGAUUGGAUGAGACUGGAAGAUUUUACCAGAUUCACUGUGGUUGGUAGCAAUUAAGCUAUGACUUCCCAAUAAACUUCUGGCUCUUUGGGAAUACUUCUGGUUCUGCAAGCUUGAUAAAUGCAGUGGAAAGUUCUAAAUUAGUCUCCAACUUUUCUAUAGUUUUCUAACCCCUGUAAAUAAAAAAACAACCAUAAGUACUGCUUGUCUACUAUUCAAUUCCAAAUCGUGACAUACUGCCCCUGCCUCUUUAGAGGUCAACACCGCAAAGAAAAAAUUUAACUCUUUAUUUCCUCUAGCAGCCCCUUAUUGGGAUUUAACUAGAAAACCUAGUUUCUUUCCAGCUUUCUCACUUACAUUACAGUACAUUACAUUUUCGACAUGUAGCAGAUGCUUUUAUCCAAAGCGACUUACAGUAUACAGUCUAAGCAAUUGAGGGUUAAGGGUCUUGCACAAGGGCCCAACAGUGGCAACCUGCCAAUGGUGGGGUUUGAACCAGCAACAUUCUGCUUACUAGUCCAGUCCUUCAUCGGCAGGCUAUCAUUUCGUUUUUUAAACAAAAUGUCUUAACUAAACACGAUCCAAGGCUAGUAAAAUGCUGCACUGCUGUAAAGUAAUACCAUCAAAAUAGUAGUCAAUAAUGUUAUUUUAACCAGCUCAAAGCUUCAUCUGAUCAUUCCAGUCUUUGCUGCUUUAAUGUGUCGGUGACCUGUGUGACUUCUUUGUAUUUUUGGUGAAACAUGAUAUUCCAGAUAGAACUGGUGGCUAAUAAAAUGCCUAUUUAUUAUUUCCCUCUUUAUUCAAUCUAAAAUUAAACACAUCGCUUCACUGGCGCACACAUGUACAUCGUCACCAGUGUAAACAGCAGCACAUAGAUUUGAAAAUAGAUCGAGCUUAGAAUACUCUAAGCCCUUGCUUUGAAAUCUGCCAAGAUCAAACUCCAUAUCAAUCUCUAGGAUCAGGUUGCAUCUCCUCCCAUAGUUUUAUUUCUGAUGCUACAAUAUUUGAGUUUUGGAGUUAAUAGCUAUGUUGUGUUUACACAUGCUACCUUUGCAUGAUGUGAGCUCUGUUCAUGUUUAUGGUUUUUAUUUUUGCACCCAUGCCAACCUAGAUUUCUUUCUAUGUGUUCCAUGUGGCACACAGCAAAAACAAUGUUCCAAUAUUGUUAGGAAAUGUGAAUAAACAGCAAAACAG